AUGUCGUAUGACAUAAAGGAAGAGUUCCAGGUCAUUGCCAGCAAAAUCAAAGCAGAUGAGCUCCCAACAGAUUAUGUGCGGUAUAUCCAGGCUGAGCUCAGCUCCGUGGCUUCCAAAGUUUGGCCUGAUUUGUCUUUCACGCUUAAACUAACGGGUUCUUCGCAGCUGGGAACGGGCAUCAAGACUGCAAGUGGCAACCCCUGGGACCAGAGUGAUUUUGACUACUGCCUGAACACCUCUCGUGGAAUUACACCUGCAGAGUGGCAGCGCUUUGCUGCAGAGCUCCAUCGGAGCCAUUGCUUCUACGAAGAUCCCGAGGGUCUACGUGGCAGCAAGGCAAUCAGGUUGAGAGAUCGCAUGUACCAUAGGCGGUGGGAAGUGGUGCCAGCAGAUUGUCACUUCACAUAUAACAAUGUCAGACUGGGGUCAACGCCACGCCUAGUGCUUGAUGAAGAUUGGCAGAAGUUCUUUAGCGCGGCUCCAGGGGCGCGAAGGGCCACAAGAGUGCUGAAGCGAAUGCUACCUGACGUAGCAGGGUGUGACGUCACGGCCCUCGUUGUGCGGCAAGGGAAGAAAGGCAGCUACAGCACAGACACUUCAGGGUGGGACUUGUUCAAAGAUGUCCUUUUGCAGUUCCUGCACUAUCCAGAUUUGCCACAAGACUCUGCACUGCAAGGAGUAGUAAGAGAUGUGGAAGCACGGGAGCGCAGCAGUGCAAAGCAAUUCGGGAAGAGUUUAGAAUCGGCGCAUUACCUGGCCAAGAUUAUUGUCUCAUUGGAGAAAGAGAGAGCCUCUGGCAGGGAGCACAUACGAUCCAGACUGCGCAAAGUCAGUGCUUACAGUGAGGCCUGGGACAAGAUGGAUUUGAGCAAUGAAGCACCACGCCCACGGAUGUCAAACCGCAAACUCACCCCUGCAGCACGUGAAUUUCGGGAAGCUGCCUUGGCUAACCUGACCAAACUCCGGCAAGACUGUUGCCGUGCUGGAGCCGGCGGCGAGAAUUUCAGCACGGCGCAUGGAAAGGUCAGGUACAUGCAAAUCACACUUUUUCAAUCUUUCUUCCAUGACGAUGAGAUAGUGUUCCAUCCGUGCGUAGCAGCUGCCAAGACAUGCGUUCCAGGCUUCCCUUUCAGAGACUGUGAUGCCGAGCUUAGGCAUUUUACCGUCCAAGAGGCUUAUGCAACAGGCCAGCCGAACCCAGUUUUUGAAAUGAAGCUGCAGCUUAUGAGGGUCAUUGAGCUGGGGCGCAGAGAUCAUUAUGACUGUGGCAAAAUACAUUCCUUGGCUCUGGAGGUUUGGAGGAGGCUGCGCCACGGGAUAUCCAUUGAUCCUGAAGAAGAUAUUGAGGAAGGUUCCAAGCCAGAUGCUUGGGAUGUUCUUGGAGACUAUGUGAGCUUGAUGUGGAUGUGGGGCAAGCAAGACGACCAUGGCUUGACCUCAGAGCUUCAAAGAGCGUAUCCUAAUACUCAUGGUGCGUUAUGUCAGGCUGCACGUCUGUACCAGAAAGCUACUGAUGCCGCUCUGGAGCUCGGCACUAACUACGAGAAUCAGCGCCUGGGAAUCGACAUGUCAGCGCGUGCCAAGAUGUCAGACUUGAAGGGCCAGCUUGUUUUAUAUCAGUCAGGCGAUGCUGAUGGCUUGAAGACAUGGCAUUUCGGUGGGACGGAACCCACUCCGUACAAGAUGAUAACAAAGUGGCGUGAGUUGCUGGAUCUGGAAAGGAAACACUUCGAAGCCAGCCUCAGCCGCAGUGCAGUCCGUAGAUAUGUCAAGGACCUGUUGCGCCCUGGCUGGGCACUGCAAGGCCUAAGUGCUUGGAUGUUUGAUGAGCACUGCAGACGAUGGUUACACGCACAAUUGUAG